UUCCCCUUCCUCCUCCUCCUCUUCCUGGGCUGCUUCUUCAGAGGCCUCGGUGAGGGAGAGAUUCCUCCCUCGGAAGCCUUUCAUGGUUUUGCCUGUUCCCAUUGCCCUCGGAAAGCCCUCAUGGGGAGCUGUGUAGGCCUUCGAAACGCUUUGGACUACAACUCCCAGAAUCCCAAGCUAUUCGCUAAGCUGUCCGAGGCUUCUGGGAGUUGAAGUCCUAAAGUGCUGAGGGCCCUAAGCUUGAGAAGACAUUCAUACACAUGCUUGGAUUGUGUGCCUUUUCUCUCCUAGGACUAUAUAAAAUCCAUAUUAGACUGGAUUAUAUGGCAGUGUGGCCUCAGAAAACCCACUUCAAAGCAGACAUUGUGGAUUAUCUGCCUUGAUAUUCCAGGUUAUAUGGCAGUGUGGAAGGGCCCUGAGUCCACACUGCCAUAUAAUCCAGUUUAAUGUGGGUUUUAUACAGUCCUAAAAUCCAGAAAAGGGAGAAGUCUGGAAAAGCCUCAUCUUCACGGCCGUACUCGCAGGAACACCUCAGCAAGCGAGAGUCCAAAAGUGGCAGGCUAAAACCCGGAACCUAUUCAAACAAUGUAGUCCAGUAAAGAUUGUCAGACGUUUUUGCAUAUCACGUAUCCCCAGAAAGUCCUUUCCAACCAAACCGAAGACGACUUUGAAGAAGAUGAGAGCAAACAGACGUAUAUCAUCACGAUCAAUAAGAAGCCGUACACGGUUCACCUGAUGCAACAAAUGUUUUUGCCCAACGACUUCAUGGUUUACACCUACAACAGAGGGGGCUUUGUACACCCCAGUCUCCCACAUAUUCAGAGAGAAUGCUUCUAUCGAGGGCACAUCGAAGGCAUCCCCAACUCAGUUGUUAUACUCAGCACCUGUUCUGGGCUCAGAGGAUUGCUGCAGUUUGAAAAUGUCAGCUAUGGAAUAGAGCACUUGCAGUCCUCCAGUACCUUUGAACACCUAAUUUAUCAACUGAGCAACAAAAACCUCAACAGCCCGCUUUGGACAGAAAGCUUCUCUCCUUUGGAGGGACCAGUAGGGGAUGGCGGUGUGUCUUAUAAGCUACUUUCCGAUACUAAACCACUAUCAGAAGUCACCAAAACGUUCAGAUAUAUAGAACUGUAUGCUGUUCUGGACAAGCAUUUGUAUAACUAUAUGGGUGGAAAUCGUGAUGAUGUCACACAGAACAUGGCACAGCUUAUUGGUUUUGUCAAUGGUAUAUUUUCCGAGAUCAACAUAACAAUCGUUCUCUCUUCACUGGAAUUCUGGACGGACCAUAAUAAAAUCAACACGUCCGGAGAGCCUGAUGAGUUGCUACGGAGGUUCUUACAGUGGAAGAAUUCAUAUCUCGUCCUGCGGCCUCACGAUCUGGCGUUUCUGUUUGUUUACAGGGAGAAGCCUAAUUAUGUCGGAGCGACAUUCACAGGAAAGCUGUGCCUCCGGAAUUACGACGCAGGGGUUGCUCUGUAUCAAAAGUCAAUUACGAUGGAGACGUUUUCGGUCAUCCUGGCACAACUGCUGGGCCUCAACUUGGGGAUGGAAUAUGACGACGGGAAAAAAUGUCGGUGUCCAGGAGUCAUCUGUAUUAUGAACACAGGAGCAGUGCAUUCCAACGGCGUCAGAACCUUUAGCAGCUGCAGCAUUGAAGACUUCCAAAACUUCAUCAAGUUCAAAGGAGCCCCUUGCCUUUCAAACAGGCCCAAUUUGCAAUUGUACUACAAAAGGGAAAAUGAAAAAGGCAUUUCCGUUUGUGGAAAUGGGAUUCUGGAACACGGAGAGAAGUGUGAUUGUGGUUCGCCUGAGGCCUGUAAGUACAGUAAGUGUUGUACCAGCUCAUGCACCUUUCAGCGGGGAGCUGUGUGCAGUAGUGAAUUAUGCUGCGAAGACUGUAAGUUUAAGCCAAGAAAUGCAAUAUGUAGGCUAGCGAACGACAAAUGCGACUUCCCUGAGUACUGCAAUGGGAGCUCGGCGUCUUGUCCGACUGACGUUUACGUCCAGAAUGGUUACAAGUGUGGCUCUGACACGGGGUUCUGUUUUGGUGGAAUGUGUCAGUCGGCAGAUAUUCACUGCCAGGAUAUCUUCGGUAAAAGCUCAAGAAAUGCUCCAGCUGCAUGCUACGAAGAGAUCAACAGCCAGGCAGAUAGAUUUGGACAUUGUGGGACGGAUCCCAAAAUGGGAUUUAAGGCUUGCACUCCUCCGGAUAUCCGAUGUGGGAAGUUGAUUUGCGUAUAUCCAUACACGGUUCCCUUCACUAAACUGAAAGUCCCGGUCCUGUACACUCCAGUAAAAGAUACCAUCUGUAUAUCUUUGGACCUUCAACAGCCGGAUGGCUCUCCAGACCCGAUGCUGGUGAGAGAAGGCACAAAAUGCGGAGCUGACAAGGUUUGCAUCAAACAAGUAUGCGAAAAAGCCAGCAUCCUGAAAUACGAUUGUGAUCCUAUUAGAAAAUGCUCCGGACACGGUCUGUGCAACAACAAAAAGAACUGCCACUGCGAUCGAGGAUGGUCCCCCCCAAAUUGCAAAACUAAAGGAAGUCCCAUGGGAGGAAGCGUGGACAGCGGGCUUCGCAUUUUGUCACCUGAGCUUUCGGAAAGGGCCGCCGAAGACAACAUGCGGACUUGGGUGCUGCUGAGCAUCUUUCUUUUUCUGCCCGUCAUCAUUUUGUUGGCCAUUUUGCUUAUCAAGUGGAAGCGAAUCAGCGACUACUGCACAGAAUUUGAUGGCUCAGAGGGUGAAACCGAAUCUUAUUCGAGAUCCGACAUAUCAAGUGUGUCUGGCAAAUUAAGCACUCAGACGGAUCAAUUGUGACCCAAACUGGACUCGGCUCCUGCUGUGCAGGGAAGAGAAGGAGGCAGCCAAGACCACGCCAUGCGUCUGCAGUGCCCUAUUUCUUGUCGAUACUUAAUAAAGGAUUGUUUGCAUAGAAA